AUGGGCCGUCCGAAGCGAAACGUCCUCGCUGCCGCGCAAGAGGCGCUGUCGCCGCCUGAUGCCCUGCAGCCCACGCAGGUGAUUGUGCGCGUCGUCAAGCCCGAGGGCAACAACCUGUACACGUGCGAGAUGCCAACCAAAAAGGCCGUCGUCCUCGAGCUCGCCCAGCGCUUUCGCAACACCAUCUGGAUCAAGCGUGGCGGAUACGUCCUGGCCGAGGGAUAUCCAGUGGGGACGCAGGACAGCAGGGCAAUUGGGGAAAUCAUCAAUGUCGUCCGGGACGAGAAACUCUGGCGAAAGCAACCAUAUUGGCCAAAAGAAUUUGUAAAGACAAGCCAAGAUCUCAGCGACGAGGAGAGCGACUCCAACGUAGGAAAGAUGCCUCCCAGCGACGACGAGGAAGAGGACGAGGAAUAA